GCAGGCAGGCAGGCAGGCAGGCAGGCAGGCGGUGGGGCGGAGCCCCAGGUUGGGGAGGAGGGAGCGGGUUUUUCCCGUCUCCCAUGAGGUGAUUCACAGAGAGACUUCAGACUUUGCGGACCUCUUACUCUGCCCCUGAGUAGAUACCUCGAGUGGGGCCACCGGACCCCGGGGGGUGCCUUGGGAGAGGUCUGCCGCAUGUGAUGAAAGUAUCUGCUCUCAGGGAAGGCACAGCCAUGGCUUCCCUACCGCCCCGGGAGCCGGAGGAGGAGUUGGUAUCUGCUGGCUCUGAGCCAGGUGACGCUCGGGCCAAACCCCCUGUCAAGCCCAAACCCCGAGCCCUGCCCGCCAAGCCAGCCCUGCCUGCCAAGCCCAGCCUGCUGGUGCCUGUUGGGCCUCGGCCUCCCCGGGGUCCUCUGGCUGAGCUGCCUUCUGCUCGCAAGAUGAACAUGCUGGCGGGACCUCAGCCCUAUGGUGGCAGCAAGCGUCCCCUUCCGUUUGCACCAAGGCCUAUGGCUGAGGCCCCUACUGGAGGAGAAGCCACCCGAGAGACUGUGAAAGAGGAGCCUGGGAAAGAAGAGGUAGCCCCCUUGACACCUCCAGCUCGAUGUGCCGCCCCGACGGGUGUGCGGAAGGCACCCGCCCCCUUCCGUCCAGCCUCGGAGCGCUUUGCAGCCACCACAGUGGAAGAGAUCCUGGCCAAGAUGGAACAGCCAAGGAAGGAGGUCCCGGCCAACCCUGACCGCCGCUGGGGCUCCCGCCUCACCUUUAACCAUGAUGGCAGCUCAAGAUAUGGCCCCAGGACCUAUGGUGUGGCCACAGGUCCCAGGGAUGAGGAUGGUGGGACCCUCUCCAGGGAAUGGGCCCAGGAGGGGCCGGCAAAGUCUCCCACAGAGUGCCCUGAAGAGCCCAGCAAGACCCCCGAGGAGAGGAACCCCCUUUCGGACCUGGCCUUCAACGGGGACCUGGCUCAGCUGGCCAGCUCUGAGCCACCUACUGACGUUUCCAAGCCCCGGGUCCCCUCCAGUCCAGGCUCCACCUUGGAGAAUGGACGCUCCGCCAGCCCAGGCCUCCCCGUUGAAGCCUCGAGCUCGGCCCCCGAGUCUCCCCGUCUUUCCUCACCUGAUGAGAGCUCUCCCCGCCACUCACAGCUUCCAGAAGCCCAGAGCCCUGCAGCUUCCGGCACUUCUCCCUGCCUCCCCAAGACUCCGGCAUCCCCAGCUGCGGCCCCUCCUGAUGAGGGCUCCUGCCACCCCCCUACUCCGGGGCUCCCCUCUCUGGGAGCCCCGGAGGCCCCCAGACCCAGCAGCCCUCUCCUCCAGGAGCUCUCGGGGCGCCGCAGCCCAGAGCAGCCCCCAGCCGCCUUGCCCCAACCCCUGACGGAGGGGGGUGAGUUGCUAGACCUCCCUUGGACGUUGCCAUCUGGGGAGGUGGCGGCCACAGAGGGUGAGGACCUCUGUCCCGUCAGCCUGGCUCAGCGCCGAUUUUCUGAAGGUGGGCUCCGGCCGCCCGGCGAAGACCAGGAGAAGCUGGGGGGCUCGCUGGCUGCCCUGCCCCAAACCCAGGGGCGCCAGUCGGCCCUGGAUCAUCCCUUUGGGAGUGAGACACAGUCCAGCUGGAGCCUGUCACAGUCCUUUGAAUGGACCUUCCCCACGCGGCCUUCGGGUCUAGGGGUGUGGCGGCUGGACUCCCCGCCCCCCUCCCCCAUCACUGAAGCCGCGGAGGCCGCGGAGGCUGUGGAGGCUGCAGAGGCUGGAGACUGGGCUGCAUCCGGCAGGGAGGAAGGAGUGUCCCAGCAGGCGCGAGGGGCCCCGCCAGCUCCAGAGGGCCCAGGAAGGCCUGGUUCCUGGGUGCAGGCGGAUGAUCCGGGCACCUCCCCAACCCAAAAGGGCGAUGGGGAGAGCCAUCCUCAGUCCCCAGCUGUCCCCCUCGAGCCCCUGCCAACAGCAGGGGACCCGCCUGGACCAGUCUUGCUGCAAGCAGAGGAGAGGGACGAGGAACGGGAGCCCCUGCCCAGACAGGGAUCCCUGCUUCCUCCGCCCACCAGGGAGGCCACCCUGCCCAUCCUGGAGCCGGUCCUGGGGCAGCAGCAGCCAGCACCCCGUGACCAGCCCUGUGUCUUCUUUGCCACCAUCCCCGACCCCGGGCAGGCACUGCCUGCCGAGGAGGAGGCCGUGACCCUGGCCCAGGCUGAGACCACCCAACCCAGGACAGAGGUUCAAGACCCAUGUAGGGCGUCCCCCGAGCCUGCAGGCCCUGAGAGCAGCUCCCACUGGCUGGAUGACCUCCUGGCUUCACCACCCCCCAGUGCUGGAGGUGCAAGGCGGGGAGCUGGAUCUGAGCUGAAGGACACACAGACCCCAAGUGCCUGCUCUGAGGGACUCCUUGGCUGGGCCCAGAAAGAUCUGCAGAGUGAAUUUGGGAUUGUAGCAGACACACAUCCCAGCAGUUUUAGUCCUUCCAGCUGGUCCCAAGACACUUCUCAGGACUAUGGCCUUGGGGGUGCGAGCCCUAGAGGGGACCCAGGCCUUGGAGAGAGGGACUGGACCAACAAGUGUGGGCACGGAGUGGGGGAGGGGAGCUCCAGGGAGUGGGCCGGCAGGUGUGGCAUCGGCCAGGAGGGGAUGGAGGUCGGCAGCCAAGAUGGGAGUGGAGUGUCGGCCCCAGGGGGGCUCGCGGCCCAGGACCGGGUGAUUGGAAAGCCAACCCAGCUUGGCACUCCGCAGAGCCAAGAGGGGGAUGUUCGGGACUGGGAGUUCAGAAAGAGGGAUUCCCAGGGCUCUUCCUCCAGCCAGGAUGUAGAAAUCCAGGACCAGGAAUUCGGGAAGAGAGAUUCUCUGGGUACUUACAGCAGUCAGGAUGCAAGCCUUCAGGACUGGGAAUUUGGGAAGAGGGAGUCUCUGGGUGCUUACGCCGGCCGGCGUGAAGAUGAGCAGAGCCAGGAAUUGGGGAGGAAGGACCAGCUCGGCAGGUGCAGCAGCCAGGACGCAGGUGAGCAGGACCAGGAGUUCGGGAAGAACGAUGCUUCCCUGAGCACCUGCAGCAGGCGGGGUGCAGAGCAGCCGGGCCAGGAUUUCGGGAAGAGCGCCUGGAUGAGAGACUACAGCCGCGGUGGCAGCUCCACGGCCCUCGGCUCCCGGGACAGAGGCUUCGGAGUGAGAGCCCUGAGUGCCGGGUUCAGCCCCGAGGAAGCCCAACAACAGGACGAGGAGUUUGAGAAGAAGAUUCUGAGUGGCAGAGAGAGCCUGGGCGAGGCCAGCAGGGAUGUAAGCUGGCCUGAAGAGACUGAGCCUGGGGGCUUGUUCAGCCCCAGCAGCCCCCAGUCACAGGAUGGGGCACUGGGACAGAGAGACCAGAGCAGCUGGCAAGGCGGUGGUGCCAGCCAGGAGGUUGGAGGGCUGCAGGGAAGACAGCAGGCAGGGGGCCAGAGCCCCGGUGAUGCCGACCAGGAAGACAGGGAGGGGGGGCAGCGAGGCUGGGCCGGUGACUUCAGCCUCGGCGUUGUCCCCCAGCCAGAGGCGUCCUUCAGCCCAGGGCAGCGGGACUGGAGCGGCGACUUCUGCGUGGAGGCUGCCGAGAGGAGCCAUCAGUUUGGCAUCAUUGGCAACGACAGAGCGAGUGGCGCUGGCCUGAGCCCUUCUGGCAAGAUAGGAGGUGGCCACUUUGUGCCUCCCGGGGAGACCUUGGCCGGGACCAUUUACUGGAGGGACCAGCUGGGCCUUAGGAACUUGGAAGUGUCCAGCUGUGCGCGUUCUGGGGGCUUGAGUGAAGCCAGGGAGGAUGCCAUGGGGCAGGUGGGCUGGGCAGACAACCUGGGCUUGAGAGACGUGGAGCUGGCCGGCCGUCUGGAGACUGGAGGGUCUGUGGAGCCCAGGGGGAUCGGAGUCGGGGAGAAGGACUGGACUUCUGAGGUCGGGUUGAGGGGCAGAGAUUUGGCAGCAGUGGGGGAGGCAGGAGACCACAGCCAGGCCAGAGAGAGUGGCGUGGGGCAGACCGACUGGUCAGGUGUGGAGGCAGGAGAGUUCCUUAAAUCAAGGGAGCGCGGAGUGGGUCAGGCAGACUGGACACCUGACCCAGGGCUGAGAAACAGGGAGCUCAGGGCGGGCCAAAUGGACUGGGGCGACAAUCUGGGCCUGAGGAAUUUGGAGAUGCCCUGCGACCUGGAGUCUGAGAGUUCCCGGGGGCCACGGGGGUGUGGAGUGGGGCAGACGGACUGGACCCAGGACUCGGGGCUCCGGAACGUGGAGCUCUUGGGGGCCCGGAGUGAAGCCAGGCAGCAUGCGGUAGGGGAGGUCAGCCAGCCCCCUGAACCAGGCCUGAGGAACGACGGCGUCUUGUCCCCUGGCCUGGAGGCCAGAGACCCCUCGGAGGCCAGGGAGCUGGGAGUUGGCAAGACAAGUGGGCCAGAGACCCAGGGCGGAGACGCUCCCCUGCCUUCCGUGGCCAUCUGCCCCAAGGAACCCGGAUCAGAGGCAGGGGAAUCCCCCGGCUUUGGAGUCAGCCCUGGCGGAUGCCUGGCCCGCUCCCCGCCCUCCGGCUCCCAGGGCCUGCUGGAGGAGAUGCUGGCUGCCAGCAGCUCCAGGGCAGCGGCCCGGAGGGAGUCGGCAGCCUCGGGCCUCAGGGAGCUGUCAGAGGAGGAAGGGGCCACAGCAGGCGCUGACCAGGGGGAGCCCCUGGAGCCUGGCCGGGACCCUCUGCCCUCCUGGAGGCCCCAGCCUGAUGGUGAAGCCAGCCAGACAGAAGAGGUAGACGGCACCUGGGGCCCUGCAGGGACCGGGCGGAGCGAGCGGGACCGGACGCCGACCCCACAGUGGCCCCCCACCCCACAGUGGCCCCCCCAGGGCCCUCCCGCCAGCUCCACUGGUCAGGAUUUCUCCUUCAUUGAGGACACCGAGAUCCUUGACAGUGCCAUGUAUCGGAGCCGUGCCAACCUGGGGCGCAAGCGUGGGCACCGGGCCCCGGCCAUCCGGCCUGGGGGCACGCUGGGCCUGUCGGAGGUGGCAGAGUCGGACGCAAGGCUGUUCCAGGACUCUACAGAGCCGCGGGCUUCACGGGUACCGUCUUCAGACGAGGAAGUGGUGGAGGAGCCUCAGAACCGCCGGACACGGGUGACCAAGGGGCUGAAAGUCAACCUCUUUCCUGGCCUGAGCCCAUCAGCCCUGAAGGCCAAGCUGCGCUCCCGGAACCGCUCGGCUGAUGAGGGGGAAACGACAGAGAGCAAGUCGAGUCAGAAGGAGCCCGUGAUCCUUCGCUCCAAGUCCUGCAAGGUCCCGGGGCUGGGGAAGCCCCUCGCGUUACCUCCCAAGCCAGAGAAAUCCUCAGGGUCAGAAGGAUCGUCGCCCAACUGGCUGCAAGCCCUGAAGUUGAAGAAGAAGAAGGUCUGAGAAGUCACUGAGGUCCUUCCCAUCUGGCAGUCUCAGGCAGUGCCUGUCCCUGUGGGGUCCCCGGCAAGGAGACUGCUGAGACCCCCACGCCCCAGGCUGCA